CCUUCCACCCUAGACCAUGGCCAGGUUCAUCCGUAACUUCGCGGAGAAGGCCCCGGCGCUAGUAAGCGCUGCCGUGACUUACUUGAAGCCUCGAUUGGCCACAUUUUGGUACUACGCCAAGGUUGAACUGGUUCCCCCAACCCCUGCUGAAAUCCCUGCAGCUUCUCAGAGUGUUAAAAAAAUAAUUCAAAGUGCUAAAACUGGUAGCUUCAAACAGCUUACAGUUAAGGAAGCUGUGCUAAAUAGUUUGGUCACCACUGAGUUGCGGAUGUGGUUUUAUAUCGGAGAGAUCAUAAGCAAACGUGGCAUCGUUGGCUAUGAUGUUUGA